CAGCUACGCAGGAGAGAGGGGCAGAAGCCGAAUGGUGGAGCUGAAGAUGGCGGAUGGAGACAGCGGGAGUGAGCGCGGUGGUAGCAGCGGGGGAGGAGGCGGAGGUGGAGGAGGUGGAGGCGGCGGCGGCGGCUUCCAGCACUUCCAGCGGGACCAGGAGACCCAGGAGCUGGCGUCCAAGCGCCUCGACAUCCAGAACAAGCGGUUCUACCUGGACGUCAAGCAGAACAGCAAAGGCAGGUUCAUCAAAAUCGCCGAGGUCGGGGCCGGGGGCUCCAAGAGUCGCCUCACCCUCUCCCUGUCGGUGGCGGCGGAGUUCCGUGACUACCUCGGGGAUUUCAUCGAGCACUACGCCCAGCUGGGGCCUAGCAGUCCGGAGCAGAUAGCCCAGGCGAGCGUCGGGGAGGACGGCGGGCCCAGGCGAGCCCUCAAGAGCGAGUUUCUCGUCCGGGAGAACCGCAAGUACUACCUGGACCUGAAGGAGAACCAGCGGGGGAGGUUCCUGCGCAUCCGGCAGACCGUGAACCGCGGGCCUGGCUUCGGAGUUGGGGGCCCCGUGGGCGGCAUGCUGGCCGGCCAGACCAUAGCCCUUCCGGCGCAGGGGCUCAUAGAGUUCAGAGACGCCCUUGCGAAGCUCAUUGAUGAUUACGGGGGAGACGACGAGGAGCUGGCCGGAGGCAUGGCCGCCGGGGGCUACAGCGAGCUCCCCGAGGGCACCUCCAUCAUGGUGGACUCCAAGCGGUUCUUUUUCGACGUCGGGUCCAACAAAUACGGGGUGUUCCUGCGGGUGAGCGAGGUGAAGCCCAGCUACAGGAACUCUAUCACCAUCCCCUUCAAAGCCUGGGGCAAGUUCGGAGGCGCUUUCUCCAGAUACGCGGAGGAGAUGAAGGAGAUCCAGGAGAGGCAGAGGGAUAAGAUGUACGAGAGGAGGGAUGAGUCCGAGGGAGAUGAUGUGGAUGACGACUGAGGAGAAGAAUUAAAAAAAAUAAUAAAAAAGUCCAGUUACAUGACAGAUCUGCAAUAUAGGGGUAUUUUGAAUUUAAAAAAAUAAAAAAAAGAAGACAGAUAAAGUGCAUGACAACUCGUGCUGUAAUAGCCUACUAAAGUAUUGUGGAGUAUAUAAAAAAAAAGAAAAAAAAAGUACAUGUGCAGGGAAAUUAUUGGUGUAUUAUUCCUAAAAAGUUUGUAGGGUUUGAGGGUGUUGGAGUGGUUGUGUGAAUCUCUGAAAGUUUAAAAUAAUAAGUGGACUAAAUGAGAGAGAAAUUCUCAUUGGCUGAUUAAAAAAAAAAAAAAAAGAAUAAAAAUUUAAAAAAGAGUGCUUUAUUAUUGUUUAAAGAUACAAAAAAAAAAAUUAAGAGGAAAACUAAAACCAGCAGAUUGGUUUUUAUAAGUAGAAAAUGAAACCGGACGAAUGCUUUCCUAUUUGCAACAUAGUUUAUAUUUAAAGAGCGCAGGAGUCGACCUGUUUAAGAUGUUUUCCUUGCUCAGUUUUAAGGAGAGAAACAGCAUCCAUUGUAUUCCUGUUCCAGUCCAGGUCUCUCCUCAGUGGGGGGGGUGUUUAAUGUGUGUGUGUGUGUGUGUGCGUGUGUGUGUGUGUGCGCAAGUCAGAUGAACCUGAGAUGGAAAUGUAAAGAAAGUUGCAUUAGAGAUGGAGAGCUGUCACAUUACAGCAAGCAGCAGCAGCAGCAGCAGCAAGGGGGCAGUUAAUCGAAAAGAUUACCCCAAAAAAUGUUACAGGGGGAAGUUACUGAGAGGAUUAUCUGGAACAACAAAGAUGGAGAUAGAGAGAGAGAGAGAGAGAGCGCAAGAGAGAGAGAGAUGGGGGGGGGCUCGCUAGCGGACUAAAACUAACAGCUUUGACUGCAGUAGUCGACCACAGUGUGGAUCAGCUGGGUUUUAUGUUAUACAUACAAUCUGGGCUUUCGAGGCGGCGAAGAGGAGGAGGAGGAGGAGGAGGAGAGUGCUUCCUCACACCAGAGCAUCCCUGGUGUUGUGAGGAUGUCAGAAACCAGAAGGCCAAACAAAGUGGGGUGAGGACUGUCUUCAGUGCCCCCCCCCCCCCCCCACCGCCACCACCAGGGACAACGUACAGAUCUAUAUGAGACUUAUAACGAUGCUCAUUUGCUCCCAAACGCCACUACAAGGGUCCAAAAACUGGGAGCGCUGCAUCGGAUACAGUGGAGCUUCUCUGACCUUCCAAGCUCUGAGCGGAGGUUUUCUUUCUUCCCAUGAGCCUCUCUGUUCUGUCGUGGUCAGAGCUGCAAUGUACGGACGGCUGUCUUCACCAAAGCCACGGGCCAUUUAUCUGACGUAACAUCGUCCAAAAACACGUGAAGACCCUGGGCAGAAACACACUGAUGGAUGUUUUUUUUUUUUGUUGUUUUCAAGAAGAGAAACUAUAUUGAAAUGAGAUUCUACUUAUAGGAAAUUUAAAAAAAAAUAUUACCGAACAAACCAGCAAAAAGAUAUUUUGAAAUACUUAUAAAGGAAAAACAAAUGUAUUAUGUAAAUGAAGUUCAAGACUUCAGAAAAAAAAAGGUUAAUUUCUUAAAACAAAGUUGUGACUCAGACCUCCAGAUUAUUUUUCAUUUUGUUUUUCCUAGAGUGAAAGUAUAACACCUCCUUUAAUUAAAACAACUUUAAAUGCAAUAACCAAUGUUGUCACUGUAUAUUUUUAAAUCCCUGUUUUCAUAAAGAUAAUCUAUCCGUUCUGCA